UCCGCCCGACUGUCCAAGCGUUCGUUAUCCCCCCGCCCUGGCAGCGGGCGACCACGUUCACGCACGCGAAAUCCGCCGGACAGCGCGGGCGCAGCGCAGGCCAAGGCAACCCUCUCCGGCGCGCCUCCUCACGGCUCACGAGGCUCCAAUGCCCCCGCCUCCCCUGUUCCCGCGCCUUUCACCCACGCCGCCGCCCCCGCUUCGCGCCAGGGACAGGGGACUGCCCUCCCCGGGAGGAAGAGGAAGGUCGGCGCUUCUCGCCGUCGCCCGGGCCAAGGGCAAGGACGAGGCCAGCUUCGCCGACCGCAUCCUCGACUACAUCGAGGGGGGGCCGAAGUUAAGGAGAUGGUAUGGAGCACCCGAUUUGCUUCCCAAGGAUGGGGGUGCCGAGGAUGAGGAGGCUGAGUCUCCAGAUAUUGAGGAGCCUCGGGAUGCUGUGCUAGUCACAGAUGGCGACAGUGAGAUUGGACAGAUGGUGAUACUGGCACUAAUCCUGAAAAGGGCUAGAGUAAAAGCACUUGUUAAAGACAAACGAUCCACCGAAGAAGCUUUUGGAACUUACGUGGAGUGCAUGGUUGGUGACAUGGAAGACAAGUCCUUCACAAAGAAAGCACUAAGGGGCGUUCGUGCUGUAAUUUCUCCAGCCGAUGAUGGUUUCUUGUCUGAACCGAUAGACCUCAAGGGUGUCGAACAUAUUGUUCUGCUCUCACAGGUUACAAUGCUCUCAAGUAGUGGUGGUUUGCAAGCUAUUAUGAACAGCAAACUGAAGAAGCUAGCAGAGAGGGAUGAAGAAAUGGUUCUGGCAUCUGGCAUCCCAUCUACAAUAAUCAGGACUGGUUCUCUCCAAAGCACCCCUGGUGGUGAGAGAGGUUUUGAUUUCACCGAGGGCGUAGCAGCUAAGGGAAGAAUAAGCAAAGAGGAUGCUGCUACCAUAUGUGUGGAAGCUCUGGAUGGCAUUCCCCGAAAGACGCUCAUUUUUGAGACUUUCCAGCUUAUUCCAUUGUGCAGGUUGCAAAUGGUGAUGAGAAGGUGGCAGACUGGAAAGCAUGGUUUGCAGAGCAAAUCAAAAGAGAUGAAGAGAUUCAGUAAAAACAUCAAAUUAGAAGUGUUUUUCAUCUGUUGAACUGUAAGGAAAAUAGAAAAGAGCCCAAAAAAAAGGGAUUUAAAAAUUCAAAAGGGAAAGAGCUAAAGUUGGCAAUUUUAAUCAUAUAUCUGAAGAAACAAAAGUGCGCGAGACGUGGAGGCACAUCUACCUUGGGGCCUGCAAGGAGGCUGUGCACCUGGGCAGUGCAGUUGGUCUGAAGCUUUGAUCCCUUGCUCCAAAAGUCCAAAUCAAUACAUUAUCUUGUACUAUGAAACUGCAUUUUCAAUUGUGCUACAAUUCUAAAGUCAUUGCUUCUAAUCAUCCACGAGUAUUUAUUUACA